UUACGUUAGUUCCGGGAGACGCGUUGGCAAUUUCCUAAACACGGCUCAGUAUCGUUCGAGACCCCGGCGAGAGGAAGGUCUGUAAUUGAACGUUGGACAUUACAGCGGUUGGAGGGCGACUUGCUGAAACUGAAGACAAUUGGACAUAGUUUUGACAUGAGCAGGUUGCACUGACAUGGACACAGAGAUGAUUCCCAAAUUUACAUCAAAGGAUGAGGAAGUUGAUUACUGGAAGUCCCAAGCUCUCAAGUAUAAGAAAAGUUGCCAGGAUGCCCAAGAGGAACUGCAGGAGUUCCAGGAGGGGAGCCGGGAACUGGAAGCUGAGCUAGAGGCACAACUUGGCCAGGCUGAACACAGACUUCGAGACUUGCAAAUUGAAAACGAGAGACUAAAGAAUGAGCUGACCAGCCUCAAGGAGAAGCUAGAGCAGCAGUAUGCCCAGAGUUACAAACAGAUUUCCAUGCUAGAGGAUGACUUGGGUCAGACGCGCAGCAUCAAGGAGCAGCUCCACAAAUACGUCAGAGAACUUGAGCAGGCCAACGAUGACCUGGAGAGAGCCAAAAGAGCAACAAUAGUGUCUCUUGAAGACUUUGAGGGCCGUCUAAACCAGGCCAUUGAGAGAAACGCCUUCCUGGAAAGUGAACUGGAUGAGAAGGAAUCUCUCCUAGUAUCUGUGCAGCGACUGAAAGAUGAGGCACGAGACCUGCGACAGGAACUGGCAGUACGGGAGCGCACUACAGACAGGAUGUCAGCACCCAGCUCACCCACCUUAGACAUCGACAAGAUGGAUUCUGCUGUGCAGGCCUCGUUUUCCCUCCCAGCAACCCCUGUGGGAAAGACUACAGAGCACCCCUUCAUCAACACAAAAGCAUUGACCAAUGGCUGCGCUAGCCCCGCCCUCACUCCUUCUGCGAGAAUCUCGGCUCUAAACAUUGUUGGCGACCUCCUGAGAAAAGUUGGGGCUUUGGAGUCCAAACUCGCUGCAUGUAGGAACUUUGCCAAAGAUCAGGCUGCAAGAAAAAAAUACUCCACAGACAAUGGUACACUCAUCAACAGCAAUGCCACAAAGUUCUCUCACUCUCUACAUACCACUUACUUUGACAAAACCACUGUUAAUGGAUUGGAUCCCAGCACUUUGACUUCCAUGACAUCAUCCAGAGCCUUGUCUCCGCCAGGCAUUCUGCCUUUGAGUGUUUGAGGUCCUCAAACAUCACAAACCUCCACCGAGGCUGGGCUCCUAUCCACCCAACAUAAUAUGGGAACAGAGAGGACCCUCGUGCUGUGCGUGUGUGCGUUUGUGUGCAUGCGUGCAUGUCUGAGAAAGAGAGUUGGGAAGGAAGAGUGGUGUGUGUUUGGGAAAGAGUAUUUCUGAAUCUGAUGUGUGCAAGGGAAGCGUGACCAUUAAAUGAACUUGCUUCCGGUUUUCAGCUCUCACUGCACCUACUCAUAGGUGCACUAUGUCCCUACCAUAUACUUGCAUGUGCCUAAAGUUGAACUGUACUGUGCUCUUAUGAACAUUGCAAUGCGUUGCUGUUGAUGUCAGCUUUAAAGUAGCACAGUUACUAUAACAACACGCAGUUCCUCUGAAACCUACUACACAUGACAAAGGGUCAUUAACAGGCCAUAGCUUCCUUUUUAACUUGCUUCUUCCUCUUGUAUUUCCACUUAAAUUGCACAUUUAAACUCAUUUCUAUUUAAAAUGUAUUAUAUUUAAAAAGGGAUUUGUUCAUAUUAAGUAAUUUAUCUCACAGUAUGCUUUAAAAUGCCUAUUUGCUAUUUUCUUGCAUGUGUGUGUAUGUAAAGUGUGUGUGGAGAAGUAUGGGUGGAGCCCAUAUUACCAAGAAUGACCGAAGUGAAUGUUGAUUGUUCAAAGCCAUAGAGUUGGGGUGCAGUGGUUCCUCUUGUUGCUGGCUGAAGCAGUGUCUCUCCUAAACCCGCACUUCAACUGCUCCUUAAUAGUUUUUGCUGCAUUCAGAUGUUUUCUUUCUGAGGAUCCACUGGCAAUUUCAAGAGAAUGGUUUUGCCUUUUUUAUGUUUAAAGUAUGGAUUUUUUUUUUAUUAUUUUGUUGCAAGCUUAGUUACCUCAUUGUGAUGUUUGGAAUUGUCAGCUGUUUGUUAUUAACAUGAGUAUGUGAAUUUGACUCUAUAAAAUUAAUUUAAAACCUACUCAAGGAGCCAAUUUGAGGAUACCGAUUAGUUUUGUCUAACGUAUCUGAUAUGGUGCAUUGUGACCUUCAAGUCAUGCAGUGCAUUUGCCAUUUGUCUGCUUUUGUAUAGCGUUGAUUUAAUACGACAGAUGCAUUUAGCAGGUUAGGUUCUGCAUCCAUUUAACUUACCAGAACUUUGUCUGAAUUCUCCCUUUCCUCUCACUGUCACAUAUCUUUGUUAAUUCCUCAUUGACAACCUCUGGCCCUCUUGAUUAGUUGCAUUAUUUCAAAGGCUUCAUUGUUAUUUAAAAAUAUGAGAUGUCACUGGGGGGACAUCAUAGGAGCCUGUUACAAAAGUGUAUUCUACAGUCACUGCAUAGAGCUUGUAUAGAUGGUAAUUUUACCCACUGCGUUGUGUACAUAGAGAGACAUUUGGCAUUAACGUCCUAUUUAUUUCAGAUUGUGUAUGGCAUGUGUUCAGAUUAUGAGUUUUACUUUUAUUCAGUGGUUAAAGCCAUUGUAAUAUGACAUAAAAUUGUCAAAGUUGUUUAACUAAAUAAAGACUGGGGUAAAGAAAGCG